AUGUUCACGGAGAAAUUCCUUAUGAAGAGAGAACCACUGACCCCGGUGAUCAGUCUUAGCAUCGCUGAGAACGAGACAGCAGACACCAUCUGCCUCCUGACGUGCUGCAGUGUCAAAUUCGGGGUCACGGUGCUGGUGUAUCAACUACUAAGGGUCCAGACUGCAGCAGGCGCGGGGGCAGGGGGCACCGAGCCCUCCUCUUCCCGGACUUCAGAUGCGGCUGCAGAGCCGCUGAGCCUGUGCACUAAGGUCGCGGCCGCCGCCCCGGCCCGGGGGAGCCGCGGGUGCCGCCAGCGGCCGCGCAGGCCGGUGAUAGAAAAAAAUGUUGAUCCUGAAACAAUGCUGUUACCAUACCUGAGGAAGAAGCUCCGACUGACAGGAACCAAGUAUGGCUGUGGAGGGGGAGGCUGUGGCGCCUGCACGGUGAUGAUCUCACGGUAUAACCCCAUUGCCAAGAAGAUAAGACAUUAUCCAGCCAAUGCCUGUCUGACCCCCAUCUGUUCUCUGCACGGUGCUGCCGUCACCACAGUGGAAGGUAUAGGAAGCACCAAGGCCAGGAUUCAUCCUGUUCAGGAAAGGAUCGCCAAGUGUCACGGCACGCAGUGUGGGUUCUGCACCCCUGGGAUGGUGAUGUCCAUCUACACGCUGCUCAGGAACCAUCCAGAGCCGACUCUGGAUCAGUUAACUGAUGCCCUUGGUGGUAACCUGUGCCGUUGCACUGGAUACAGGCCCAUAAUUGACACGUGCAAGACUUUCUGUAAGACUUCCGGCUGCUGUCAGAGGAAAGAAAAUGGGGUCUGCUGUUUGGAUCAAGGAGUAAAUGGAGUACCAGGAUUCGAGGAAGAGAACGAGACAAGUCCAAACCUCUUCCCAGAGGAGGAGUUUCUGCCAUUGGAUCCAACUCAGGAACUGAUAUUUCCUCCAGAGCUAAUGGUAAGGAAAGCUGAGCUCGUCCUGGAGGAACUCAUGGUGAAAUGCCAGGAAGGGUAUUUACCUAUGGAUCCUCCCAAAGCUGACGGGCAAAUAAUGGCUGAGAAACAACCACAAAUGACCAGGGUUUUUAGUGGAGAUAGAAUGACAUGGAUUUCUCCAGUGACCCUGAAGGAACUUCUGGAAGCUAAAGUCAAGUAUCCCCAGGUCCCUGUUGUCAUGGGGAACACCUCUGUGGGGCCUGACAUGAAAUUUAAAGGUGUCUUUCACCCAGUUAUAAUUUCUCCUGAUAGAAUUGAAGAACUGAGUGUUGUAAACUAUGCAGAUAAUGGGGGCCACAUCGUGAGUAGGCAUCUGGAUUCAGAUCUGAAUCCCCUCCUGGCCGUGGGCAACUGUACCCUCAACUUGCUGUCAAAAGAACAGAUUCCAGGAGAGGUGUCAUUUCUUGCCACAGAAGGAGAACGGCAGAUUCCUUUAAAUGAGCAGUUUCUCAGAAAAUGCCCCAGUGCGGAUCUUAAGCCUGAAGAAAUCUUGGUCUCAGUGAACAUCCCCUACUCGAGGAAGAGCAAGGGCCUCGGAGCACUUUCCUCGGACCAGGGUAGCUUUGACUCCGGAAAGUCCACAGCUGUGAUUGAAAUGACACACACUUUAGGUGGAAUCAAGUGUCACAUUUAUCGUCACUGCCUUCUUAUGGGAGAUGUGCAUAAAAUGCUUGUCAAAAUGAUAUGUUGGUUGUUGAUUAAACAGAAUGUAGGCCCAAAGCAGCUUCCUCAAGACCCAAUUGGCCAUCCCAUCAUGCAUCUGUCUGGUAUUAACCAUGCCACGGGUGAAGCCAUCUACUGUGACGACAUGCCAGCGGUGGACCCGGAACUUUUCUUGACUUUCGUAACAAGUUCAAGAGCUCAUGCUAAGAUUGUGUCUCUUGAUCUGUCAGAAGCUCUCAGCCUGCCGGGCGUGGUGGACGUCGUGACUGAGGAGCAUCUUCGCGGCGUAAACUCCUUCUGCUUUCUAAGUAAACCUGAGAAACUUCUGGAAACAGGGGAGGUGUCCUGUGUGGGUCAGCUCGUCUGCGCCGUGAUUGCGGAUUCCGAGGUUCAGGCAAAGCGAGCCGCGAAGCGAGUGAAGAUUGUCUACCAAGACUUGGAGCCGCUGAUCCUAACUAUCGAGGAAGCUAUCCAGCACAACUCCUUCUUCGAGGAAGAAAGGAAACUGGAAUGUGGAAAUGUUGAUGAAGCAUUUAAAGUGGUUGAUCAAAUCCUUGAAGGUGAAGUACAUGUGGGAGGUCAAGAACAUUUCUAUAUGGAAACCCAAAGCAUGCUGGUUGUUCCCAAAGGAGAGGAUCAAGAAAUAGAUGUCUACGUGUCCACACAGAUUCCCAAAUACGUACAGGACAUAGUGGCUUCAACCCUGAAGCUCCCAGCUAACAAGGUCAUGUGUCAUGUAAAGCGUCUUGGUGGGGCGUUCGGGGGAAAAGGGAUCAAAACUGGCAUCAUGGCGGCUGUCACUGCAUUUGCUGCAAACAAACACGGUUGUGCAGUCCGCUGCAUUCUGGAACGAGGAGAAGACAUGUUAAUAACUGCGGGCCGCCACCCUUACCUUGGAAAGUACAAAGCUGGAUUCAUGAAGGAUGGCAGAAUCUUGGCCCUGGAUGUGGAGCAUUAUGGCAAUGGAGGAGCCACCCUCGAUGAGUCGUUACUUGUGAUGGAAACGGGAGUUCUGAAAGUGGAAAAUGCUUACAAGAUUCCCAACCUGCGCUGCCGGGCCCGGGUGUGCAGGACCAACCUUCCAUCCAACACGGCUCUGCGCGGGUUUGGCUUCCCCCAGGCGGGGCUGAUCACCGAAUCCUGCAUCACGGAAGUCGCAGCCAGAUGUGGGUUGUCCCCUGAGAAGGUGCGAACGAUAAACAUGUACAGUGAAAUUGACCAAACACCCUACAAACAGGAGAUUAAUGCCAAGAACCUGAUCCAGUGUUGGAAGGAAUGUAUGGCCAAGUCUUCCUACUCCCUGAGGAAAGCGGCCGUGGAAAAGUUCAACUCAGAGAAUUACUGGAAGAAGAAAGGGCUGGCCAUCAUCCCCCUGAAGUAUCCUAUUGGUCUUGGUGCAGUUGCUUUUGCUCAGCCUUUCUCCAGAGGAGACGAGAGCUCCUUUGCCUUCGUCCCCAGGGUUGGUGACAAGCAUUCUUGGGGGAAAUCGGGAGACCUGGUGUCUACUCCUGGCCCUGGCAUUAAGCAGCUGAGUCAACUCGCUCUGGGCCCCACAUUGCUCGAGUGUGAAGUGAGAAGGUGGGAGCGAUGGCCACCAAGACUCCUCCUGCAGCCGCUCUGUGAUUCUGUGUCUCUGGACCCAGAAAUAGAAACAGGAAGCCGCCAGGCAUUUGGUGCCCCUCCCCUUUUUGGUGGGUUGUGA